UGCUUUUAUACCUCACGCAAAGAACAAAAGUGCGUAGUAAAUUAUUUCAUUCCAUUCUUCAGAAAAUAAUGUUUGACGGUGGAGGUAAGCCAUAUCCCGUCGUCUAUUGCGACGGCGAAAGAGACUUCGACCUUGGAAUUCUCAUGGUGGACCCCACUAUGAAUAUCAAGAAUAUUCUCUCCAUCCUCAGUCACAAGAUUGGGAUCUCGCCACACCAGUUUUCUGUUUUCAUAGCCGAUAGAAACAGUAACCAGAAAAUUCCUUUCACCGCUAAGUUAAACCUUGCCACCAUGCUUUGUGACGGCGGCGAUGAUUAUAUAUAUGUUAAGCGGUCUGGACGCUCGAAGAAGUCUCUGAUGAAGAACAGGAACCUAUCCGAGAAACUCAUGCAUCUGCGUCGAGACGGUGUUUUUGACCGUUCACGGUCUGCGUAUGUGGUGGCGCCUUCGCAUUUUGAACGAGGUGAAAUUGAGAGAACUCAGAGAAGGAUGUUGAAUUUAUGCAAGGAAAGGGAGGCGGCGUUCUUGAUGAGUAUGGAAGAUACGGUUGAGGGUUUGAGGAGGGGAGCGCCGGUGGGAAAGGGCGGUGAAAGUGGAUGUGCUGUGUGUAGAGAGUGUUUGAAAGCGGAAGUGGCUGAGACUGAUGCAGAUUUUCAUCUGUGCGUUCUCGAUGAGGUGGUUGUAGGAUUUAGGACAGCGGCAGGACCAAUUUCCCGACCGGUGAGGAAUUCCGGCGAUAAUGGUCAAUGAUUCCUGCAUUGGUCCAUAUAUUGAGGAAUUCCGGCGAUAAUGGUCAAUGAUUCCUGCAUUGGUCCAUAUAUUGAGAUUGAACUAAAUCCAUAUAUUUUUAGGCACAAUAGAAAAUUGACAGUGAGAAAUUGACGUUGUUAAAAAUUUAAUUUGGUUUUUAAUUGUUAUCAUGAGGUACUUGGUUUAAUGGAGGAGAAAGACAAUUAUAUUUUAA